UGAGAACAAACAAAUGAGUAGCUUCUAUAUAUAACCUAUAACUCAAGACACUUCUGACCCACUAUGGAAAAUCCUCGAAAUUCUUCAUCAAACGCCAUUGGGUUUUGCCUCCUUCCUUGUGAGCUUAUACAACACAUACUCCUCAAUCUAGCCUUACCUGAAAUCAUUGGUCUCAAGUCUCUUAACAAAUCAAUUUCUGAUAUAAUUUCUGAUCAAGUUUUUGUACGCGAGUAUAACUCAAAGUCAAGGUCAACCAAUUGGCUCUUUGUCUACAAGAAACGGUGGCACCGGGACGCCGUCCUUCACGGAUUCACCGAUCACUCUGAUCGGUGGUUCAAGUUACAAAUUGCUGAUUUAUUAAAACCCAUAAUUUGUACAGGUGAUAGCGUUUAUUUUUUGGCAGCAAGUGGCAAUUUUUUCUUGUUUUCUUGUAAUUCUCUCAAGGAAGUUAUUGCCGUUAAUUUAGCUUGCAAGACUGUUAAAAAGAUCCCGCCAAGCCCACUUGGUCCACGUGGCACUUCUUCUUGGCGAAGAUCCGGGAUGAAACUGGUUUCUAGGUCGAAUAGUUUCCGAUUCUUGUUCGCGGAGCUAGUGGAGACCCGCCCGGUUCUGUUUGUGUACGCUUCAGAAACUGACACAUGGAGGUCCAUGGAAGGUAAAGAACAUGUUGAUAAGUUGCCACGUGGGAGUCAAAGAGUAGGAGAUUACAUAUAUCUCAAUGUUGUUAAUGGACCUUAUGAAAGCGUUGUAAUGGCCAUAGCACUAGAAUCACCUGAUGAACCACUAGUUGUACGGUUGAGAUUUGGUGGGGAAAGAGAUGACGGGGAGCGACUAACCGUUGGAUUUAGUUGGGGAAAUGUGACAGAUAGGUUAUACGUGUACGGUGACGGGUACAUGUUGGUCAUCAAAUCCAACGGUGUUGGUGAUGCGGAAACAGGAGCAAGGGUGUUGAAUGAUAUUGAAUUAUGGGGGUUGGGGUCGAGUGGUAGGAGAUGGGAAUAUAAUUCAAGGAUUCCAAGUGAAAUAAUGGAGACAAUUAAGAAGCCUUAUAGGGUGAUUAUGGGGUGUUUAGAGCAUAGAGAUGGGGUAAUUAGGGCAGCUUUGUUGUCUAAUUUUGAGGGUUUAUGGGAUAUAAUUUGGCUAUGUUAUAAUUUACAGAGGUGUUAUUGGACUUGGGUUCCACUUCCUAUUUGCAAGAUGAAAGGCCUAAAUAUGGCUGGGAUUGCCUUUUCCUCUGGCCUUACUUUGUAAAAAGUUAAUUUAAUGCCAUUUGUUUUUUGUUUAUUUCUUUUUCAGAGAGUAUGCUCGAAUCUCUAACCUACUUCAAAUCGAGAUAUAUAUAUAUAUUUAUUGUUAAGUUAA